AUGUUUGUUCGCACAAUUCCGUCCCAUUUUACAACAACAUCCCCUUUGUGGAUGAAGGUCAUGGUUGGGGUAAAGCGUGUGGUGGAUUACACUGUCAAGGUGCGUGUAAAGGAUAACAAGGUCCAAUGUGACGGACUCAAGAUGAGCGUGAACCCCUUUGAUGAGAUUGCCAUUGAAGAAGCCAUUCAAAUGAGAGAAAAGAAGCUCGCGGAUGAGGUAAUUGCUGUAACUAUAGGAAGUAAAAAAGCGGAAGAGGUUCUUCGGACGGCAAUGGCUCUUGGUUGUGAUAAGGCCAUUCAUAUUGUCACGCCCGAUGGCGAGGCUGAGGGACUGGAGCCGCUUGUUGUGGCCAAGAUAUUCCAGAAACUCCACGAGGAAAUUAAACCAGACAUGUGGAUUCUUGGGAAACAAGCGGUUGAUGAUGAUCUCGGAAACACACCACAGAUAUUGGCGGGACUUCUGGACAUACCGCAGGGAACUUUUGCCUCCAAGGUAGAGGUCAGUGAUGGAAAGGUGAAAGUGACGCGCGAGAUUGAUGCUGGCCACCAGGUUGUUGAGCUCCAAUUACCAUGUGUUAUUGCUGCUGAUCUCCGUCUCAACACACCGCGCUUUCCGAAACUUCCUAACAUUAUGAAGGCUAGAAAAAAGCCUAUUGACUCACGUGAUAUCUCUUCUUUAGGUGUGGACACAAAGCCACGGUUGGUGAGGGAGGCGGUGAUGGAACCACCACUGCGUAAGGCUGGCAUCAAAGUCAAAUCUGUGGAGGACCUAUACGAUAAGCUGCACAAUGAGGCCAAGGUAAUUUAG